AGAAUACGUGAAACGAUGGAGAGGAUAACUCCAGUUGUAUUACUCGUUAGCUUGCUUAUCAUGUUUGCAUCAGUUGUGAAUCAGACCAGAGCAAAAUGUGCCGACGGACUAGGCACUUGUGAAAACUGCGACGAGAGAUGCAAGGCCAAACACGGGCCAUCAAGUGAAAGCAUCUGUGACCGCUCUCUUGGGAUGCCUCUGUGCAUGUGCUACUAUCAAUGUGCAACCCCACCGACUCCGACUCCACCCAAGAUUUGCAAUGGUGGAGCUGGUUUAUGUAGUGCAAGGUGUCUCGGAAGUUGUUGUGAUACUAACUGCGCACAAAAGUUUAACGGUGGACAUGGAUUUUGUAGCACCCUCGGUACUUUUAGUUUGUGCCAAUGUCAGUAUCCUUGUUAAAGCCGGUUUACAAAAUUGCAAACGGUUGUUUUUGAUUAUUAUUAACUUAAAUUCAGCAAUGCAAUAAUAAAAUAAUACUCCUUAUUUACAAAAAAAAAAAAAAUUAACUGACUAUCAGCUCUUUCAAGAUUUAAGUAUGGAUAUUAAGUCCCUUCAAACUUUGCUAAAAACAAUUAUAAACACUCAAUAUUUCAUUUAUAAUUUUUCAGUUUUCACAGAUAUAUAUAUAUAUAUAUAAACAUUUUUAUACUAUACAAUUUAUAAUUCUAACAUCAAAAAUAUAGAUUAUGCCUAAAAUAUCAAAGAAAAAUUAUAACCAGAAAAAAAUAGUUAAAUUUUCAAGGAAUAAAGAAUUAAAACAUCCUCUAUUUCUCUCACACAUAACAUAAAAUCUCCUUUGACCAAAAUAAUAGUUCUACGGAAGUAACUUUAUUGGGCAUAUAGUUUUGGCAAUUAAUUGGUGUUUUGGAAAAAAAGGAUCAUAAUAUAUUGACCAAAUACCAUCAUAAUAAAAUUUACAUGGAAGGAAAACUAAUGUUCUCAUAAUAAAUUGGUCUACAUCUUUGCUUUUAAAUAGAUAACAAAUGGCCCGAUAAUAUUCACAAAAAACCUCAAAGAAAGAGAAGUUCAAAAGAAAACUUGAAAACGUGAAAAUGUGGAGAGGAUAACUCCAAUUGUAUUACUCGUUAGCUUACUUUAUCAUGUUGCCUCAGGUAUUAUUAUAGCUCUCAAUUGUUAUAUUUAUUUUUAUUUCAUUAAUGCAUUUUAUUCCAGUUUCAAAUGUUAGAAUGUUAUUCUGUGGUCACAUUUUUCUCAAAUUUAUUUAAUGUUAAAUUUAGUGAUGUAUACAAUAUUACAGCUAUAAUUCAGACUAGAACAGACAUUCAUCGAUGGAUUAUAGGCACUUCCGAACUGCGAUCAGAGAUGCAAGUCCAAACACGGACCAUCAAGUGAAAGCAAUUGUGACCAGUCUCUUGUUGUGCCUCUGUGUACGUGCUACUACAAGUGUGGAGGACCCUCGCCGAAUCCACAUAAUACUUGCGACGAUAGGGCUGCUUUGUAGUGCAACAUGUCUCGACAAAUGUUGUGAUACGAACUGGCACAAAAGUUUAGUGGUGGACAUGGAUUUUGUUUCUUCUUCGGUGCUUUUCAUUUGUGCCAAUGCCACGACCCUUGGUAAAGCCGGUUUACACAAUUGUAAACCGAUUAAUUGCUUUUAUUAUUAGCUAUUUAAAUAAUGUGAUGAUAAAUAUAAUAUUUAUUUACCAAAAUUUAACUAUCAGCCCUUUCAAAGACAGGUCAUUACUAAGUAUUUUGUGUAGGAUUAUUAUCGGUAAUAGGUUAUGUGUAAUCCUUUCUUUUGAACUCAUUUGUUGGAUUAUGUUGUGCAAUUUACGUGAGAUUGCCUUUUGUUACUGCUUAACAAUUUAACAUAUAUUAUCCAAAAGGCAUGAGUAAUAAAAAUGAAAAGUAACAUAAGUAAUGAAAAUUAUAUUCACGAGUGUAAGUUGCUGCAAGGUGACCUCUUCGUGUAUUUCAUCGGACAUUUUCUCCUUUAUAGUGCUAUUAAUAUGACAAAUAAGGUAAGACUAUUAAAAUACCUCAAUCUAUAAAAUUGUAACCCUGAAACCUACUAAAAUUAAUGUAUAAAUUAACACCUAACAUAUCUUAAUGAUAGGCAAAUAUAUAUACUCAUUAUAUGUUAACUAAUCAAUUAAUAAGCCCUAUAAUCUUAAACAAUACACAAAUUUGUAUACUUGGCUUAUAUUAGGUAGCUAUCCUUUUCACACGGGAUGGGACAAAAUAAAUUGGUCGAGCCAGGCUAUACAUUUUCUUGUUGUUGUCAUUCACAGAUUAUGGGCCUAAAUUUACAGAGGAGCUUGGAUAAAUGUGGGUCUAGCCGAUUCAUCUUUAGCCCAUUAUUAGUUAUAAUCCAAAUUCUAACACUAAAAUCUUUUUUUUUUAUCAAGUCACUAAAAUCUAAGACCAAAGAAAAUAACACUAACCUCUUUUGGGCAAAAAUGAUUGCAGAGACCUUACCAAACUAGCAAACUCUAAUUAAUUUACUACUUAUUUGAUGAUUACUGAUUUUACUAUUUUCUGUUAAUUAAUAUAAUUUUUAAAAACAAUUAUGAGCGUAUAAUGAAGAUUGAGACUAAUUACAGAAAUUCAUGAAUGAGUUUCAUUCUUUGUCAAAAAGGAAAAUAAGUACUUCAAAAUAUUCAUAUUAAUUUGUGUGUUUGUGUAUUCACAAACCAAGCUACAAACAAAUAUUCGGAGAUAUUUAUCAAUUAUGAAAGGCCAAUAGAUGUGUAAGUUAUAAAGUUCUUAAUUAUUUACAUUUUUAGCGAUUAUACUUUUAAUAUAUAUAUGAGUUAGAUGAAUGUGUAACAAAUAAAUGAGCAUUAUAACAUUAUAUAAUUCGAGGUAGGCUGGUGACUCUAAAGCGUGAACUUGAGUUCACACGAGUUUCAAGAUUUCAUUUAUUUAAUUUGGAUAAGCUGUGAUGUAUUAUUCAUUUUUUAUUUUCAAUAUUCAUCUUAUACGUAUAGUGGAUCAAACAUGACAUUUUUACUGAUAACAUUUAUGGUUAAUGUAAUUGCGAGUAUUUGUUUGGCAGUUAGCUGGCUGAUACUUUUUCCCGGCAGCUGGCUGAUAAUUUGUUUUACUCUUAUGUGCACGGCAGAGCAUCACUAUCAUAUUUGUAACAGACGAUGUACAACUUAUAUAAAAUGAUCAUAUUUAGAAUCAUACUCCAUCCGUUUUAUAUUAAAUAUCGUUGUAGAUAAAAAAUUUCGUUGCAAAUCAAGUGUCAUUUUAGCAUAAUGCAUAAUUUAUUAAUUUUAUUUUCUAGUUUAUUUUUUUAUUAGUUAAAAUAUGGCUAGUUGUAUAGUUACUGAUAUUUUUAUAUAGAAAAUAUGCAAAAUUAAAUAUUUUUUAAUCCGUGUGUAUAAAUAUAAAAUGACACCUAGUAUUAAACAGAGAAAAUAUAUCGUUUAUAUAAGAAAACAUACUCGUAUACUUAUUUUCUCUCGCUAAAACCAUGAUGCUUCCCACCUAACACUUGUAAGUUGCUACACUCCACAAAUAUAAAUCUUAAAAUGAAAAUGUUACUUAUCCAAGCUGUACCCAAGUUAUAAAUCAGACACACGUAAAUAGAAGUAUUUGGUCAAAGUUUGACCAUCUUGGAAUCGUAAAAAAACUUGACAGUCAAAGGUUCCACUUAGAUGGGCACUAAGCCCCAAAGGAAUUCAACACAUGGCACAGACUAGAUGGGCACUGUAAUUAUUUAUUUUUUACUCGUUACAGAAACUUAUCUACAUACAUGAUGAUAUCAUCAUGUAACAUAUUUAUUUUAAAAGGAAAAUGUUACAUAUCGUAUGGUUUAUUUAUAUGAUUUUGGAUUGUUACUAGGUCAGGCAGAGGUGGAGCGUCUUCUUCUUCGUUUCUGAGGCAAUCCAGCUUUCUCACGUGACCGACGCUCCCCCAGUACUGUAGUUAUUGUCACGUGCGCCAUCAUUCCACCAUCAAUUUUAUAUCAUCAUCAUACGAUUAAUAUUUUGAUAGUGUGUCUUUUUAGUCCAUAGAGAGUUUCGUGACCUUCUCGUGGAAAUAGAGGGACCGAGUUUUUGGUUCUUGCUAUCUAACACUACUAAAAGCAGAAUACGGUGAGCGGAGAGAGCAUCCACGUCAUCUAAUUUAAUUGACCAAUAGAAAACUGUUAUGCGGCCACGUCAAUAAUUUCCCAAGGCCGGACACAGUUAUUUCCCAGUUAUCUGAUUCAGUGUGGCCCACUUUCAUACAAACCCCAUCACUUGGCCCAACUACUACGAUAGGGAUCACCGACUCUCCACUUCACCUUCUUCAGUGUAGUCUCUGCAAAUCACCGUUAAGUUGAAACUAAGUCUUCCCACUCUUUCACAUUUAAUAAGCUUCAUUACUUUAAAAAAAAAUUGUUUCUUCCGUUGAUAUUAUUUGGGCUUUUAUGAUUUUCAUUGGGUAACAACCGCCAUGACCAGAUACGCCGGAAGCUUCGAUCACCGGCAAGGACAAAGUCAUAUCAAACACAGGACAACUAUCAAGUUUUCAACUUGAACAAACUAUACCUAAAUGGCGGAGGCUGAGAGCUUUGUCCCUUUUCAGUGCAUAAGGAAUGAUGUCAUUUGGAGACUCAAAUCCUACAAGCAUGAUUGGAUCAGUGGUUUCAGAGCUGAAUUUAGGAAUACAUAGAUGCUAGGAAAGCUAUGGACGAUGUUGGGAUCUGAUUCUGAAGAUCAGGUACUUUUCUUUUAAUUGUUUAUUUACAUAGACAUAAGAACAACUCUACUUACAUUCCAGUUUUCCCGAAUGCACAAGAAGCAUUUAUAAUAGAUUGAUGAUAUAAUGAUCAUGCAAGCCUAUUUCGUAGAUUACCUGAGAAAAAACUAAAGUUAUAUAUCAUGUAUUAGCAUGUGACAUCUAAGAUAACUAUAACAUAGAUUUUUAACCACAAUACAAAUUUGUUAUACUUUGUUAAUAAUUAUUUUUACCACCAAUCAAUUCUGAAAAAUAACAGUAUUGUACAAAUACGCUUAUGAACAUUAUUCAAAAUUAAUUAAUUAUAUUUGUCCUGAAAAAUAAAAGUAUUGUGGAAAAUACGAUUAUGAACAUUAUUCAAAACUAAUUAGUUAUAUAUUUGCAAAUACAUCACACAUAGAUGUAUAAUGA